CCACACAACACACACACGCACACACGUGCGCGCGCGCGCACGGCGACGUACACGCGCGUUUAUUUUUCUUCUCUCCGAUUUUGAUCGCGUCUCUCUCCGUUCCGGCUUCCAUCGUAUUCAUCGUGCUCGUCAUCGUCGUACGUCGUCGUCCGUCGUUUUUAUAGUCUCCCUCUCUCCCUCUCUCUCUCUCUCUCUCUCUACCGGUAUAUCUUUUUGCGAAAAUUUCACGACCGACGUGGGAUUCGCCGUGGGAUACGUCGCUACGCACGCACGACUAAACAGAUAAGCCGAGCGAGCCAACACCACCGAGGAGGAACAACGUUAUCCAAAUCUCGCCAGUAACAAAUUCGUCCGCUUAAUACGCAAGGAAUAAGUCGGAUUCGUUCUUCGAUUCUUACGCGUCGUCAUCAUCGUCUUUGGAUCCGCGAAGAGGAUAAAAGAAGAAACGAAAUAUAAAGUGCGGUGUCAUUUAGUAAAAAUAAAAAAAGCAAAAAAAGAAGAAAAAUUUCGUCUCGCGAUAAUAAUCGUACGUGUGCCGAAAACUACUUCGCGUUUAACGGAGAAAUUUAUCGAGGAGGUGCGACAGAGAUAGAUAGUGUGGUAAAGGAGAGAGAGAGAGAGAUACGGAUAGAGACAGAUAGAUACGGAGUGGGAGGAAAUCGAGUUCUCUCUCUCUCUCUCGCACUCUCUCUCUGUCUCUCUGUCUGUCUGUCUGUCUCUCUCUCUCUCUCUCUUUCUCCCACUAGUCGACGAGUCGUGUAACGCUCGUAAUUGUCCUUGUCGUCGGCGUGUCGCGCGGUUAGUCCUCGCUCGUCGACGGUAACGACGACGAGAUGAUCGUCAGAGUGACCUUGGUGUGCUUCCUGCUGGUCGGUGCACCGAUAAAGUCAGAAGCAGAAGCCCGUCCUCGUGCACGGCCCGUGCCCAUCUACUCGAAUCAGUUCGCGGUCCAUGUACCGGAAGGAGUAGAAGCUGCAAGCGAGAUCGCCGAGAAACACGGCUUCGACAAUCACGGACAGAUUGGCUCAUUGAAGAACUACUUCCUCUUCUCUCACAGACGAUUGAACAAGAGAUCACUGACAGAGAGCGAGCCACAUCACAGAAUACUGAGAGACGAUUCACGGGUGCACUGGUUCCAGCAGCAACAUGAAAAAAAACGUAAGAAGAGAGAUUUCGAAGCAACGUCCUUUGCCACAUUCGGCGAUUAUCCUCCGUUCUUCGAAGAUUUCGGACCACGACCGAGACAAGCGUCGUUCCAUCGGCAAAGAAAUCGGGGUGUACCCUUUCAAAAUUUAUUCACCGAUCCAUUAUUUAAGGAGCAGUGGUACCUGAACGGUGGUGCCAAAGAUGGAUACGACAUGAAUUUAGGACCAGCCUGGCAAAAGGGUUACACGGGUAAAGGCGUAGUCGUGUCCAUAUUAGACGAUGGUAUUCAAACUAAUCAUCCGGAUCUUGCGUUGAACUAUGAUCACGAGGCGAGUUAUGACAUCAAUGAUAACGACUCGGAUCCAAUGCCACGGGACAAUGGUGACAACAAGCAUGGCACUCGUUGUGCUGGCGAGGUCGCAGCAGUAGCUUUUAACCAAUACUGCGGCGUUGGUGUUGCUUAUAAUUCCAGCAUCGGAGGCGUGCGAAUGCUCGAUGGCCCGGUAAACGAUGCCGUCGAAGCCAGAGCGCUAGGAUUGAAUCCUGAUCACAUAGACAUAUAUAGCGCUUCUUGGGGCCCAGAAGACGAUGGGAAGACGGUCGAUGGUCCUGGUCCGCUUGCUAGAAGGGCUUUUAUUUACGGAGUAACAAGCGGUCGGAAAGGAAAAGGCUCGAUAUUCGUUUGGGCUUCCGGUAACGGUGGUAGACACACGGACUCGUGUAAUUGCGAUGGGUAUACGAACAGCAUCUUCACGUUGUCGAUAUCGAGCGCAACUCAAGGUGGUUACAAACCGUGGUACUUGGAAGAAUGUAGCUCGACCUUGGCCUCGACGUAUUCUUCGGGAACACCAGGGAACGAUAAAAGCGUUGCCACGGUAGACAUGGACGCUAAGUUACGACCCGAUCACAUAUGCACCGUAGAACAUACAGGGACAUCCGCGUCAGCCCCAUUGGCGGCUGGUAUCGCUGCAUUGGCUCUAGAAGCAAAUCCAAGUUUAACCUGGAGAGACAUGCAAUACCUCGUAGUGUUAACGUCGAGAUCCGGACCCCUCGAAAAGGAACCCGGUUGGAUACUGAACGGGGUCAAGAGAAAAGUCUCUCACAAGUUUGGAUACGGGCUUAUGGACGCAGGCGCUAUGGUCAGUCUAGCCGAACAAUGGACCAACGUGCCACCACAGCACAUCUGCAAAUCCGACGAAAUAAACGAAGAACGGCCCAUCGAUCCUACUUACGGAUAUACAUUGAGCGUAUAUAUGGAUGUUACCGGAUGCGCCGGAUCCUUGAACGAAGUUCGUUUUCUCGAGCACGUUCAGUGCAAGGUAUCUCUGAGAUUUUUCCCACGAGGUAAUCUAAGGUUACUGUUAACCUCGCCGAUGGGUACCACGUCAACUCUACUUUUCGAAAGACCACGAGAUGUUCUCAGCUCCAGUUUCGACGAUUGGCCUUUCCUCAGUGUACAUUUCUGGGGCGAGAAAGCCGACGGACGUUGGACGUUGCAGAUCAUUAACGCCGGAAGUCGGCACGUCAAUUCCCCAGGUAUACUGAAGAAGUGGCAGCUGAUAUUCUAUGGCACAGCAACGAACCCUAUCAGGAUACGGACACGUCAAUUUAACCCGGUACAAGCGCAUUCUCCGUUCUCGUCCGUGCAUUACCCGUUCUCGAUAGACGAUGAUCCGCUAGCUCAGGACCAUCGGGGCGACACCGACUUCUUUGCUCCGUCUACCUUUCAGAGUUACCAGGGCCCCUACGCUGGUGCAGCUUCUAACGUCCACGCAUCGGUGGCCACUCUCGAUGGUUCCUCGGCUCCUCUCCUGACGAAUCGGCUACCAGGCGAUACAGCAGCAGCUUCCGGCUUUGAUUCACCAUCGGUUCCGUCCUCUCAGAUAGCAGACGGUUCCUUGGACACCACUAGGCAGAUACUUCACGACUGCGAUCCACAAUGUGAUUCUCAAGGUUGCUACGGAAAGGGUCCAACGCAAUGUGUCGCCUGUAAGAAUUAUCGGCUGGACAAUACGUGCGUCAGUCGCUGUCCUCCACGAAGUUUUCCGAAUCAAGGUGGUGUUUGUUGGCCUUGUCACGAGUCCUGUGAAAUUUGCGCUGGCGCUGGUCAAGACUCUUGCCUAUCGUGCGCACCCGCUCAUCUGCGAGUUACCGAUCUGGCCGUUUGCCUUCAACAAUGUCCGGAGGGUUAUUACGAGAAUACGGAGAACAGCACGUGUGUGCCCUGCGAGGCCAAUUGCGCCAGCUGCCAGGACAGACCGGACAAGUGCACCAGCUGUGAGCAUCAUUUGGUGAUGCACGAGAACAAAUGUUACGCGGCCUGUCCUCUUUACACGUACGAAACGCAGGACUAUAAUUGCGCACCCUGUCAUCCCAGCUGCGAGUCGUGUAAUGGCACGUCUGAAAAUCAAUGUAUAGCUUGCCGACCUAAUUUAUUCUCUCUUGGUGGAACCUGUCGAGCCUCUUGUCCAGCUGGUUACAGUGCCGAUAAAAAACGACGCGAGUGCGUAUCCUGUCCACCAGGAUGCCUGACAUGUGCAACCUCUAGCUGCAUAAGUUGCAUCGAAGGUUGGAGUAUAAACAAGAAAGGCGUAUGCGCGCCGGAAAGUCGAAAUCGUUGCGACACUGCUGAAUAUUACGACGACGGACAUUGCAAGCCUUGUCACUCGACUUGCGAAAGUUGUGCCGGGCCCACCGAGGACUUCUGUAUAUCUUGUCAAAGUCCUCUCUUACUUCAAGGUCGUCGAUGCGUCUCGCAAUGCGACGACGGAUAUUACUCAGUCGCUCAACCCUCGAGGCCGAUUUGCGUGCCUUGUUUGCAUACUUGUAAGAGUUGCGUCUCGCGACUUAACUGCACUGCCUGUCAAGAUGGUUUACAACUUCAGAGUGGCGAAUGCAGAUCGUCGUGCGCGCAAGGCUAUUACAGUGACAGAGGCCAAUGCGCCAAAUGUUAUCUAUCGUGUAAAACUUGUUCGGGUCCCAGAAGAGAUCAAUGCGUGACUUGUCCAACAGGUUGGCAAUUAGCAGCUGGCGAAUGUCAUCCUGAAUGUCCGGAAGGUUUCUUUAAGUCUAAUUUUGGUUGUCAAAAGUGUCACCAUUAUUGUCGUACGUGUAAAGGCGAGGGUCCACUCGAGUGUACGUCUUGUCCGGCACAUUCCAUGUUGGAAGGUGGUUUGUGCAUGGAAUGUCUCGGUGCACAGUAUUACGAUCCGUUGACGCAACUUUGCAAGAAUUGUCAUGCGGAUUGUCGUAGGUGUACAGGACCCGGGAAAUUCAGUUGUGCCGCUUGCUCACCUCCUUUGCACUUGGACAAAUUAAACAAUCAAUGCGUGCCCUGUUGUACGGGGCUAGAAAAGGGUCCACAUGCCGACGAGUGUUGUCUCUGUGACCCGGAAACCGGUGGCUGCAGGAACAGUUCGCCGGCUGGCAAAAGAAGGGUACCAUCGAGAGACUCCUCGAUAUCCGAAGGAUACGAAGUAAUUGAUAAAAAUCCUGAUAAUAACGAUUCGGCUUCGUUGGCCGUCACAGCAGCUACGACAAUAGCCGUGGCCAUCUGUUUAGCGUCGGUUGCACUUUUCGCAACGAUAUUCGUUGCUCUUCAAGCAAUAUCAGCGAGAAGACAAACAAAUAUGGGUUACACGCAAUUGACUGUUCGAAUGGAAUCCGUGGACGACGUUGACGCUGAUGAUACGACGGAACUGAUGACUUAGAAUAUAAAAAUACAACUUAAUCGCAAGCAAACAUAGAGGAAGAUGGUACCAUCUACUCUCGUCGAAGAGUUCACGAUGAUCGGUAUACGUUUCGAUUUAUAAAACGUCACGUAUGUCACUCACCCACAUACACACAUACAUACACAACCACACACGCGCGCACGCACGAACGAACGUAUAGAGUCAAGAAUAUAAGUUUGUUUAAAUUUCUCUCAACGCGUUGAGAUUGAAAACGAAGGUGGAUCAUACGUUGGUGGAUCAAUCGUGAUACAAGAAGAAAAGAAUAACAAUGAGGACGAAGAAAAGCAAAGAAAAGAAAAAAAGAGAAGAAGAAGAAGAAGAAGAAGAAGAAGAUCAGUAGCAACUGGAAAAGUUUUUGCAUAGAUCGAGACUCGAUCGAGCCGAUAGUGUGUAGUACAUGUGUGCGACUCUUCUUUUUGCGUGUGAUGUGACGAUGACGUUUAGUUUUAUUCUUCGACGUACGAUCGUGUGGAUGAUGAGGAGAAGAUAACAUAAUAAUACAUGGGGUAUUUCGUUCAACGAGAAAGAAUAAGAGAAAGGCAAGAAAACAGAAAAAAAAAUAUUAAAAAAAAAUAAAACCAAAAAAGAAACAAAAAAAAACAGAAAAGAAAAGAAAAGAAAAGAAAAAAACAAAGGGAAACGGAAAAAUAAUACAUCGAUCUAUGUUGGGCGUUGUUUUUUCUUAUUGUUAAAUAUGCGCACGUCUCUCUGUGUGUGUAUAUAUAUAUACGCCGAUAGAGAGAGAAAGAGAGAGUGAGAGAGAGUGAAUGAGAGAGAGAGAGAGAGAGAGAGAGAGAGAGAGAGAGAGAGAGAGGGAAAAGAAAAAAGGGUGAAGGACAUUAUAAAGUGCCUGAGUAGAGACGCCCUUGAGAUCAUCCAGCCUUUUUUUGCCUUCCCCUUCUCAAACAAAAUAAUAACUACCCUCUCUAUCCAAAAAGACAUCAUCUAAACUCAGUCGCGUACCUCUUUGUUGGCCUGGUGGUCUGGCACCUGUGAACGCGAAAUUCUUUUUUCAUUUUUCUUUUUUCGUUUCUUUUUCUUUUUUCUCUUUCCUAUUUUAUACUUCUUACUACGAGUAAACCUCGUAUUUCUCGUAUCCCUUAUUAUUAUCUUCGUUCAUCGGAUUAUUAUCACGUGCCGGGCGAAAAAAUUUUCAAAUGGAAAAUAUUUCAAUGUUACGAACAAAUAUUAUUUGUUUUAUUAUCUUAUUAUAUCUCGUGGGAGGGAAAUAGAUUCGAGGAUAACGUUUUAUGAUGAAAAUUCGUAGAUUUUCACAUUGAUUACAGACAUAUAAAUACACACACA